GGAAAGGAAAUGAGUGAUGGAAAUUCCCAGGGAUUGUAGCCGGGUCCCGCACAUGUCAGUCGCUCUCCAGCCAGACCGGGCGCUCGUCCCUCGUCAGGUUGAUGUACGAUGGUGGCGGGGCUCCCAGCUGCCCCACUACUAUGAGUCUAAUGAACUCCAGGACCAGCUUCGAGUCGGCCGACUCGGACGACGCCUGCUGCGGAGCUAUGGCGGCUUGCGGCAUGAACACCAAGGAUGACAUCACCAGCCCCUCCGUGGAAACGCCCGGCGCAAACUCUUCCAGCCUGGUCAUGGAGGAGACUCAAGGCUACGACGUGGACUUCGACCCCCCACUGGAGAGCAAAUACGAGUGUCCCAUCUGCCUCAUGGCACUGCGGGAGCCGCUGCAGACCCCCUGCGGGCACCGCUUCUGUAAGGCCUGCAUCAUAAAGUCUAUAAGAGACGCCGGGCCGAAGUGUCCUGUGGAUAACGAUCUUCUCUUGGAGCAUCAGCUAUUCCCGGAUAAUUUUGCCAAACGAGAAAUCCUUUCCCUGAUGGUGAGAUGCCCCAGCCAAGAUUGCUCGGCCAGGAUGGAGCUGAGGAACGUGGAGCAUCACCAGGCAGUCUGUGCGUUUGCCAGCAUGGAAUGCCUACAGUGCCAACAGAUUUUGCCGAGAAGCCAAAUGCAGCAACACAUGGUGGUGUGUCCGCGGCGAGAAGUGUCCUGUGAAAACUGCCUUGUGUCUAUGCCCUAUGAGGAGAAGAUGGUUCAUGAAAAGAAGUGCCCUUUGGCCUACGUAACUUGUGAAUAUUGCGAGACCAGCGGCCUUGUGCGACAUCAGAUGGCCUGUCACUAUAGCAUGGACUGUAUAAAGGCCCCUAUUCCAUGUAUCUACAGCCAGUUUGGAUGUACGGAAAAGAUGCAGAGGGAUGAUCUGGCUCAGCACCAGCAGGAGUUCACACAGGCUCACAUGCGAAUGAUGGCACAACAACUCAUAAGCUUCAGCCCAUCGCUCUCCUCGACCCCUCACAUGUCCAGCAUGCAGCUUGACCCCAGCCAGUUCGAACCCGGACCCCCUUCUAUAUACACAAUGCCCUCUGCCUCUGCCUCUCGUCUGAUCUCUUCGCAACGUGAGGGCAAUCAAGAGCAGCAGCAGUUAAAGGAGACGGUUGAGCAAUUGGAGGCCCGCCUAGUGAAGCAAGACCACCAGAUCCGAGAGCUAAUGGCCAAAAUGGAAACUCAGACUGCCUUAGUAACCGAUCUAAAGCAAACCAUCCGUACCUUGGAGGACAAGCUUGUGGAGGUGGAGGCUCAGCAGUACAAUGGUGUCUUUGUGUGGAAAAUCCAUCAUUUUAGCGCCCACCUAAAAAACCAGGAGGAGGAGAAACCAGUAGUCAUUCACAGUCCAGGAUUUUACACUGGAAAGCCAGGCUACAAGCUGUGUCUGCGCCUUCACCUGCAGCUACCUAGUGCCCCCCGCUGUGCCAACUACAUCUCCCUCUUUGUACACACAAUGCAAGGAGAGUACGACAAUCUCCUCCACUGGCCUUUUCAGGGAACCAUCCGCCUGUCCAUCCUGGACCAAUCGGAAGGAUCCAAUUUACAAGAUCAGGAGGAAGUCAUGGACACCAAACCGGAGUUGCUGGCCUUCCAGAGGCCCACCAUGCCCCGAAACCCCAAAGGCUUUGGUUACGUCACAUUUAUGCACCUUCAGGCACUCAAGCAGCGGGUCUACGUUAAAAACGACACUCUUCUGGUGCGCUGCGUCGUAACGACACAUGGGGACCUCAACAGUCCGCGCCGGGAAGGAUUCCAGCCGCGGAACACCGAUGGCACAACCAUGUAGUCUUUUAACGUAUUCUUCCAUAAAAGACAGUCUUAUGCAAUCACACUUUCCGUAAUCCAGUUCAUUGUAAGAUUUGGGCCGUUUGUAUGGACUAUUUUUUUCUUUUUUUAUUUCUUUGGUAUGCUGCAGGUAAUUCCUCCUUGUUAGAAAUUGUGAACUGACAUUAUGCGCCAUAACCUUUUGCUUUGGUGAUUCUCAGGCAUUUACAGCUAAUACAAAAGGAAAAUGGGGCCAUACAGGUGACAGUGGCAAACUGCUUUUACUACAAAAUACAUUGAGUGUAAAAAAAAAAAAAAAAAAAAGAAAAGC